GUUUUAAAUAAAUGAGAAAUCCAGGAACUCGAACAGAAACGAGUCGCGGCGGGCAGGACCGAAGAGAAUCAACUGCUUAUAAACUUUUUGAAUGUUGUUCACGCGCAGACGAAGGCGAUAACAUGUUAAUAAAGGAAUUCCGAAUCGUCCUGCCCAUUUCUGUUGAAGAGUAUCAGGUUGGCCAGCUGUACUCAGUAGCAGAAGCCAGCAAAAAUGAGACAGGAGGUGGAGAAGGGGUUGAGGUCCUGAAAAAUGAGCCCUAUGAGAAGGAGGAUGGUGAGAAGGGACAGUAUACGCACAAGAUCUACCACUUGCAGAGUAAAGUUCCAACUUUUGUACGGUUGUUGGCCCCAUCAUCUGCCAUGAGAAUCCAUGAGAAAGCCUGGAAUGCUUACCCUUACUGUCGCACAGUUCUUACGAAUGAGUACAUGAAGGACAAUUUUCUAGUCAUGAUUGAGACGUGGCACAAGCCUGACCUUGGUGAACAGGAAAAUGUUCAUAAACUUGACCCAGAGCAGUGGAAGAAGGUGGAGGUAGUACACAUUGACAUUGCCGACAGAUCUCAGGUGGAGACUAAAGACUACAAACCAGAUGAAGAUCCAGCCACAUUUAAAUCACAGAAGACUGGAAGAGGGCCAUUAGGACCUGACUGGAAGAAAGAGCUUCCUCAGAAGACAGACUGCCCUCAUAUGUGUGCCUAUAAACUAGUCACUGUCAAAUUCAAAUGGUUUGGCUUGCAGAACAAGGUGGAAGGAUUCAUCCAUAAGCAAGAGAAGCGACUGUUCACCAACUUCCACAGGCAACUCUUCUGCUGGUUAGACAAAUGGAUAGGUCUGACAAUGGAGGACAUUCGUCGUAUGGAGGAGGAGACACAGAAAGAACUUGAUAAUAUGCGAGAGAAGGAUCCAGUAAAAGGAAUGUCUGCAGCAGAUGAAUAAGAUGCUGUCUGAACAGCAGCAGUAUUGGAAAAUGUCUUUGCAGUAUAAUGGGCUGCUCUCUCUCUCCUCAAGCUCCACACCAGUAUAGUUUCUCUGUUCUCCACACCUGUACCCAGGAGGUCUAGCAACAAAAGGCUAAACCUCAGAGGUGUUUCUUACACUAAUAUUUUCUUCAGCCCACUGUGCUGCCAUGUCUGCAGGCUUUUAUUUUGAAAGUGUCUCCAUAGUAUUUACCUAUUUUCUGUUCAAAGUUUUGUUGAUCAAGUUGACAGACAGCAGCACUUACGUGUUUUGAAUUUUCCCUCACUACUUGUAUCACCAGCAUGUUAACAUGUUUACAUGUUUCUCCAACAGGUGUUUCCACCCUUGGCAUAUAUAUGUUUUAUAUUCGUACUCUAUGAAACUGCCUCUUAUGAGGUUUAUCGUAUUGGAGGGUUACACUUUUCUCAAGUCUUUUUGUAAAUUUGAAAGGGCUGAAUCUUAAGAGUUUGGCAUUAGCAGGUUUACGUUCAAGGUUUACAGUAAUAUAUAGGGAUUUUAAUAUCAUGUUGCGUAAAAGUGAUAUUGGAGAAGUGUUUGUACAUGUUUUGAUCUAUGCAUUAUGCCUCUGUCAUAUGAGGCUUAAUUAUGAACUGAAUUGUUCAAACAGUAUUUUGCUGUUCUGUUCCACUUUGUCCUUUUGGAUAUAACACUGUUUACUGGAUUUGGAUACAUUGUAAAUGUAAUUUCUUAAUUAUGCCUCAUAAUCUGAAAUGAAUUACAUUAAA